AAGAGGCAGUUUUUUGGAGAGGAUGCUGGUGUCGUGGUUAGGCUGCAGCUCUGCUCGGACAAGUUAGGAUUACACUGACUGGAGCGGACUUCGGGGCUUCUUCAUCUUGCAAAAUCCAGAUCUGGAGAAAAAUUAUUUUUGCAUAACUGAAAACACAUGUGAAACACCUUUUGCCCCCCCACUUAAUUGCAUCCACCCGGAGUCUUGUGCGCCUUUAUGCGCACAGCGGAGCGACAGAUGUGUCCUCUCCGUCGCAUCAUGUGGAUUAUUCUGGGGUUUGUUUUGGCAGCUGGCGGCACCGAUGGGAGCUGGGGAUGUCAGUUACCCCACGACUGGAGACCGCAGACGGAAGCGUGCCGCGCUGAGCUGGCGGAGAUCAUCGUCUUUGCCAAGGUGCUGGCUCUACACAAAGAGUCCUACAGCGUGUACAACUACCUGCCGUGGCAGCACGACACCGACCUGCUCUUCUCCGCAGAGAUCGAGCUGCUGUGCGACCAGUCCUGGGGCAGCAUGCUGGAGGUCCCCGCUGGCUCCAGGUUCAACGUCAGUGGCCUGGGAUACUUGCCUUGCUUCUCCUACAGCGUCACCGAAAACAACAACUACUACUUCUUUCUAAGGAUGGAUGAAAACUACAACAUUAUUCCACAUGGAGUUAAUUUCCAGGACCCCAUCUUCCCCGACACUCCAGAGAACCACCGCAUGUUUGCCAGCCUCUUCCAGUUCUCCAACUGCACACCUGGAACUCAAGUCCACAGCUUCACUCCGGAGUGGGAGGCUCAAGAGGACAGCCGGCUGUUGUGCUCCACAGUUCAGAAAGCUCUGUUUGAGGAGGAGGAGCGAGUGAGGACUCUCUCCCAGAAAGUGCGUACAUUGGAGAAAGCCAAUGGCCACCUGAAGGAAAAGGUGAAGACUCUGAAACGUCUCUUGCGUCUGGCCCAACGAGAAACCACGAAGGAGCAGCAAACUCUCAGCCUUAAACAGCUCCAGGAGUCACAGGUGGUCCAAACUCACCCUGACCAGGACACUACCCAAGAUCAAAAGAACCAAGAACUUAAAAAAGUCCCACCCAAGAAGCUAAAAACCUAGUGCUGGACACAUCAUGCAUUGUAUCAAUAUUAUGACUUUGGCUAUGAAAUGCAGAACAUGACAUAUACUAAUAUGUUAAUUGUGAACACUAAAAAGAUUGUGAUAUAUGGCUUGAAUGGUGCUGCCUCAUAACUCAAGAUGCUUUGCGUUGUUUUAGUUGAGCAGGUCUGUCUUUAUGGCUUUUCCACAGAACAAAUCUCCAGGACAUAAACCAAGUGGUGGAAGUGUUUGGAUAAAAAUGGUGUAAUGCUAUAAAUAUGUAAAGUCCAUUUUUUUAAUGAGACAUUGAUGAAGAAAAGUUUCUUCUGUUCCAUUCUUUUCAUUUAUGUUAUUAUUCAAAGUUAAGCCAGUGUCCAUACACAACAUGUUUAUAUAUAGAUUUUUUUUUUUUUUUACAUCUGAAUUUGCCACCUUUGGCUUGCCAUAGCUAAAAUAACCCCACAUUACUUCUGUCAAUAAAUCACUUUUAAGUGAUCAUCUUUUUCGUUUGUUUGUGUUGUAUUUGGUGCGGAGCAUCAUUUGUGGUAUAAGGCUGAUUUAUUGUGUGUCAGAGAUGAAGGUUGCCUUUAUGAAGCAUUCUGUGAUUGCUUUGGUUUUUGCUCUGUUUCAUUUAUACCCUAAGCUUUUCCAUUGCUGCAAUAUCUUUUUAUAUAAAGCGGCUUUGAAAAAAUAAAUUAUCUUUUUCAAAAAA